AUGAAGUAUUCGAAUCUAUUUCUGUUGUCUUUUCUCUCAACAAAUAUGAAAACUCUGAUUAAAUCAUCUCAAAUUAUGAGAUUUAAAAACAUUAUUCGUUUAAUGUAUCAAAGUGAUAUUGGCGAUAAACGUAUUGCGUCCAUUCUCUUCAAGACGAAAAAUGUCAUGGGAGAAGAUACCUUGGGAAUGGGAGAUAUCAUGGGAAUUUUCGAUCACCACAUGGAAUCCAAAAACGAUUGCUUUCAAUUGAACGUAUCUGGAGAAAUGAUUGAUUUUCGACUAUCCAACCAACGCAAUCUUCCAGAAGCAUGUUUUCACCCGAGUGAGAGAGAAUCUGCCAUCGAAUCUAUUCAUAAUUAUUUUCUCGAUUUCUUCGGCGAUACUAUGGAUUAUAUUUGGGGAGCAAACAAUCCCGAGCAUUUUAUUCCAAACCUUCCCAACUUGUCAGUAUGGGUUACUAGUUGGCCUGAAAGCUCGGAGGCUAUAGACAUGAAAAGCCUUGAAAAGUUCUUUGCUUCGUCUCCUGUUUUGAAACAUUUACAUAUUAAAUUGACUACAAAGGAAGUAUUGAGUCCGGAGUCCAAAUUCUAUCAGGUGGAAUCCAUUAAAAUUGUCCAACCACUUCCCAAAACCGUUAAUGCUCUUUUACGGCACUUUCAAGGGAGACAGGCAACUUUAUUUUUCUGUGAAAUUGAAGUUUUGCCAUUGAUAGAAUUUAUGAAUAGAUGGAUAUCCGGGGAGGCGUUUCAAAAAUUGGAAUACUUGAAAAUAAUACUAUUAUCGAAUGACAUUGCCCUAAACGAAGUUCUCAAUGUAAACGGGUUGAAACAUAUUGAUGCAACUAAAACACCACCGGCGCACACUGUGGCCAACGUGUACACACCAACUCUUAAACAAAAUACGGAUCCCAUCAUCACUCACACAUAUGUCGUUAGGAAAACAGAUAAUCGUGUGGCGUCUGUUUCAAUUCAGGAAGGAGAUUUCGUUUUUGGAGUAUGGAAUGAGACGGAGGAGGAAUUUCUGACGAUGGUGAAGUAG